AUGACGUUGACUGUACAAAAAUGGUAUUCCGUCACCCCUUGCAACUUUAAGGGAACUUUUAUAAGUUCAAGAAAAGGUAAGCGAAAGAAAUUAAAUAUUAAUAAGAGAAUGAGACCUGCCUAAUUAAAUGCUAAUUAGCUCAUCAUACUCUUGGACUUCGCAACUGAUGUAGAAUAACUGAAUGCGUCUCACAAGCGAUGACAAUUUUUCAUACCUUCAAGUAAAUUAAUAAAUUAAAACUAUAUUAAAACUGUUCUUCUGAUUGUGACAAUUAAAGCCUGUCACCGUUCAAUACUGCAUAAAGAGGAAAGCUUAACAUACAUACAUACAUACAUACAUACAUACAUACAUAUACUUUAUUUAUGCUCGAAAUUUACAGAGUAGCGGUAGAGCUAAUGUAUUCGAGAAAAUAAGUUAAAAAAAAUAAAAUAAGCUAUAUUACAAUUCCAAUAUUGUUUAUAAACUAUAUACAACAUUAUGCAUACAAAGAGAAAUAUAACUUGUAAAUCUACUGUGGAAAAGCUUCAUAUCUGAGGAUCUACUGCUUGAAUUCUAGGAAAUUUAAUGUGUUUUAAGUGUCUGGGAGAGAGUUCCAUAUUUUGCUAGCUAAGUAUGAAAAAGAGUGCAGACCGUAAGUCGUUGUUUUUGGGUUGGAAAGGGCCAGGAUAUGAUUUCUGCGCAAAUUGUAGGAUGAUGACCGUACGGUGAACAUAUCUUUUAAAUAACCUAGAUAAUUCGUAAAGAACAGACUCUUAUAUAAUGUGAUCAUGAAGUUCUGGGGGCGUCUAAUGAAUAGAGAUUUCAUGUUAACUUUGCUUAGUAAAAUGUCAUAUGGAGAGCUGUAGUCCUGUAGUAUAAACCUAAGAAUGCGCUUAUUUAGGUUAUCCACUUUGUCGGCAUUGCGCGCACCACAGAAAUGCCAAACAGAAGAACAGUAGUAAAAAUGCGGCAAAAUAAAGGCUUUAUAAAGCUUCAAUAGCGUCUCCUUAUUGAUAAGUUUCCGAAAUCUAAGCAUUACGUUAAAUUGAUUAAUGAAAGAAAAACUGUAAAACAGAGGAAUAUUUUACAGAGGAAUCAUCGAUAAAGAUAAAUAAAUUUUACACUCUAAGGAAACAUUUAAAAGAGUACUUUGGUAACGAAUUUUUCUUUCAAAUUUUGAAACUGCUCCUUUAACAUAUUUCCUUUUACUUUUCCCGGUAGGUCAAUUUAAAUCAAGUGAUAAAGAUGCAAUGUAGCUUGUUAUUUAUUGACAUAAGCAAAACUAUGUAACGAUACGCACAAUCAGUGGUCGGUUCUGGCAAUUCUACUUUUUGCAAAAAACGCGGAUAACGAAAAUAAAAAAUACCUAAAAAUCAAGGUGAUUCUUUAUAUUUCACACUCAAAACAAAAAAAAAAGAUACCUUUUUUUAACUUUCACUCGCCUUUAUUAAAACCUGAGAAAAGUGUCCCCUUUUCUCAUGAAAGCCGGAUAUUUUUAGGAUUUGUCUUUGAUAUAAAUUGAAGCAACUUUCUUGAGUAAUAUUUAUAUCUCACUAAUCGCAAAAAAGCUGGAAAGAGAAAUUUCUCGAUUUUUUUCAGGUUUCUGCCUCUUUCUUCAAAGUCGAAAAAAGUCGACUUUUUCCCGGCCCCAUUCUUUGUUUGCUAAUUUUGGCGGACUGCACUCGACUGACAGCUGUCAAAAAAUGGCGUUAAAUUUUGGGCAAUUGUGGCAUUAAUUUACAAGUGUAUAUGUAGUUGCACACUUUGUGUUCCGGCACUGUUUCAAGAUGUCGGGUCUUUACGUCAAAAUUUAGAUGGACAAGAAAUAAAAAAGGGGUAAAACUAAAGUCUUCAACUCUAAACAAAGGUCCUGGUAAUUUAUGCUCGAUCUAAACCAGGGGAUCUACGAACAUUUCCUUCGAAGAAGAGGAGAUAAUUCCACAAUCAGAUACAGGCUUUUAGCACGUCGAGGAAUUUGAGAAGACGUACCAGAGGACGGCGACAAGAACAAAUUUCAACCCUCAGCCUGGGCAGAGUGCGCUGGCCGUACUAAAACGACCAGCCUUCACCACCACCAAGAAGGGUCAAGUGGCGUGGAGGAAAUCGCUUGUGAACAUGUCGCUGACCGAAGAAACUUCGUCGGUCGAUGAAGGACAGAGGCUACUAAAACAACAAUUAGGCUUUGAAGUGAUUCUUCUCGAUGCAAAUGUUUCAUUGACCGACGAAGUUUCUUCGGUCAGCGACAAGGUGCACCUGGAACUUUUUCUCCAAUUUCACCAGACGGCGACACGUCCACCAUAUGAGCGAUUUCUGCCGCGUCUCUAGACCCCUCUUGGUGAGGGUAAAUGUCGGUCGUUUUUGCAUGGCCACCGCACUCUGUCCAUGCGUGGGGUUGAGAUUUGUUCGUGUGGCCGUCCUUUGGUAGAAAAGAGGUACCCCAAGCCCUGUAGACUGUACUGCGGGCACUACUGAGCUAACUGAGUCGGCAGUCAUUCGUUCUCCGUUGACUGAGUACGUCUUCUCAAAGUCCUCGACGUGCUAAAAGCCAGUAUGGGAGAAUUUUCUCCCCUUCUUUGAAGGAAAUGUACGUAGACCUCCUGGUUUAGGAAGAGCCUAAAUAGCAUGGCCAGAGUACCGUUGUUUAGAGUUAAAUCUCGACGUAAACGUCCGACAUAUUGCCUUCCGGCCUACAUAUGAAAAACUGUAAAUUAACGUCACAAUUCAUUGCUCACAAUUGUCAGUUGAGAGGACUGUUGAGAGGAGUGAAGAAUGGGAUUCCCGCCUUUAUUUGACAGCUGUCCGCCCAAAAAGACCAAACAAAGAAAGAGGAAAAAGGUCGACUUUGUUUUACUUUGAAGAAAAAGGCAAAAAGUAGAAAAAACUCGAGAAAUGUCUCUUUCCAGUUUUUUUGCGAUUCGUGAGAUAUAAAUAUUACUCAAGAAAGUUGCUUCACUUUAUAUCGCAGAAAAAUCUUAAAAAUAUCCGGCUUUUCGUGAGAAAAGGGGGCACUUUUCUCAAGUUUCCAUAAUGGCGACUGGAAGUUAAAAAAGGGUUUCCUUUUUUCCGUUUUGAGUAUAGAAUAAAAAUAAAGAUAUUGAUUUUUAGGCGUUUUUCAUUUUCUUAAUCUGCGUUUUUUGCAAAAAGUAGAAUUGCCGGAACCGACCACUGAUUACGCACGCGUACAGAACCGUAAGUACUCUCCAUUCAAAAAUUAUACUCAACGUGAAAUGUGUUGGAGUGCAGAAUGACGAAAACGGAAAUGGCCAGGGCUGCAUAGUAACGUAGACCUUACAAAUCAAAAAAGUUUUAUUUUAUUUUUUCCUAAGAAAAAAAAAAUGAAAGAAAAACGAUUAAGAUGUUAUUCCCUCUUGAUCAGUAACACUUAAUCCUUCCUUCCUGAAUGAAAAAAAAAAUUGAAUGCGAGAAAUGUAGCGUAAAUGUAGUAUACCAAGAAAACCUUUGCUUUUCAGAAAAAACCAACUGUGACCAAAACAACAAAAAUACAAAAUUCCAUUCAACUACUGGCCCCGCGGUCUUACUUGAAAGUGCUUUCAAAGUCAUACAUCAAAGCAUUGGCUCCAGAAAACGCUAUCAUGUAAACAAACCCCUUGCCUGAAGUGCUUAUUUGUUGUCAAAAACUUUCUGGGAAGUUGUAGCAGUAAAAUUUUAUAGUACCGUUGGAUCAAACUUUUUGUAUUGACAGUUCAAGAAAACUGACGGUUUAUUGGUAUAUGAUGUUAAACUUGGUUUAAAUGCACAACGAUUUGAUGACGCGAUUCAAAUCAAGUACGUGAUAUCACAAAUGCGGCUCCCCUGUAUUCUUUCUAUCCGUCCUUACUGACUAUCAGUUGAUUGUUUCCCGAGUUUGUAAAGUGGCACGUUUUACAACAAUGUGAGAUAAUAUUGAAACGCUUAAAUUUCAGAGGGAUGGCCCGAAACGAUAACACGAGGCAUGUCUGACUUACGGAAAACGUAAAUUAAAAGUAUACCCGUUCUUAUCUCAAACGUCGAACUCACUAAUACCCUUCAAACUAGCUAUUAAAAUUCUUGAGUAUCGUUUAGCGUGAUGUUCUACAAGGGGGUAAUAACUUAUCUUUUGGGAGUCUUAUUUAAGGUGAAACCUGUAUUAAGCGGACACCCUCGGGGAAAGCUGUGGUGUCCGCUUUAUACAGGGUGUCCGCCUAACACAGGUCUCGAUAGAUAACGCCAUAUGAGGUGUCAAAUGCCAUUCAAAUGAACAGUGGAAAUGUUUAGAAUACUCCCAGAGACUAUGACGAUAUACGUUUACGUGAAUUUCUUUAUCAAAGUGGACCAGUUGAUCAUAGUACCUUAAACAUAGAUUGCAACUCAAAUUUGAAGAAAUCAGAUGAGUGAAAAAAGCUCUAUACAAACAAAACGAAACAGAAAACAAUACUGUACUGAGAAACUAAUCAAAUAAGUUCGUCAAGUCACCUUCUUUAAUGUAAAAAUCGAAAAAUUUCUGGGUGACAAUUCGAGGCAAUCUUAAGCGUUUCCGGUGUCUGGCAUGUUGGGUGGUGGAAUUUAAUUACAAGUGUCCGUUUAAUACAGGUUGGCAACAAUAGAAAUGACCAUUUCAGGUACUUUUUAGGUGUCCGCGUCCGCUUGAUAGAGGUGUCCGCUUAAUAAAGGUUUCAUUUAAAGUACUUUGGCUACUGUCCGCUUAAUAGAGGGUGUCCACUUAAUACAGGUUUCACUGUAGAUUUAAUCAACUCUAAUUUAAUUAACUUGCAACCUGAUAUGACUUGAAAUCGGGACAUCUUAAAACCUGCUAAAUGUUCUUUUUCAGAAAAGCCGAGGAUAAGGGUACCGUUGAAGGAGUUCCGAACUGUACCAGAACAUUAUCUCUGGUUAUUGCUGGAAGGUACCCCACCGAUUAACUUGACUCUAAUGAAUACAUCAAUAUCUUUGAAGGGCGGUUUGGUCAUAAAAGGAUUCCAACUAAAUCGGACGGGUACCUUUCAAUACACUCUACUGGCAGAAAAUGAAGAAGGAAGUGAUUCAAAAACGGUUGAAGUAACCGUUGUGGGUAAGGAUUCAAUAUUGUUAAAUUUCAUUUCAAUGUAGAUAAUUAUAGUAGUUUGCACAAACAGUGGUGUUGGAUUUUGUUCUAGUUUUAUUCGUUGGUGAUUCACUUCCAUUCGGAGAAAAAAGAAAUGCAAGAAUAAUAAUAAUAAUAAUAAUAAUAAUAAUAUUUGUUUAUUUCCACCAUUCGCAGAUUUCUCUGAAUUACAGGUAGGGUCAGGCAAGGCACUUACAAACAUACAAUUAUACAUAUAAAUAUAUAAAUAUAAAAACAUAAAUAUAAUAAAGCAGUAGUAUGGUAGAAAUCGCAUACACAUUAUUACACACAAUCGAUAUACGGCGAAUAUUUAACUGACACGAAUUCUGAGAACCGGUCAGUUCGGCCGGGUAACACAUGGCCUGAUGGUCCUGACCUCAGUGAAUACGAGGUUUGCGACGAGAUGACCCUGCUGGAUAUUAGGCGGUAAAGCGGGCUAGCAUGCAUAGUUUCCGUCACAAAUUUCUUGCACGCCAGGUGGCGUCUGGCCUCUAGAGACAGAAGCCCGGCACGCGCGAGGGUGUCCUCGUAGCUCAAGUCAGGACCAAAGAUGAUUCGUAGGGCUCUCUUUUGCACUCUUUCUAAAGCCAUGCAGAGAUACUGCGGUAAAUUUGCAAAAACUACCGAUGCAUACACUAGAACAGGUCUAAGUAGGGAGCAAUACACAGCCACCAUCUCCCCAUCUUGCACCCCACAAGCUUUCAGUUUUCUUAGAGCAUAAAGGGGGCGGUUUGAUUUCUUUAUUAUAUAGUCGCAAUGAGUCGACCAGCUGAGGUCCGAGGAAAUGUACACCCCGAGGAGCUUAAACGAUUCCACCGAUUGUAGCAACUAUUAUAAUGCAAAAAAUCAACCCGCAUCAGCUUGCACUUACUAGGGUUCAACUGCAUGUUGUUACAAUGAGCGAUAGACUAGUUGCCCUUGUACACGUUGCGCCAUUGUUUUGAACACGGGUAAUUUGUGUCCAUUAAGGUUUGUAAACAAAAAAAGAUUUACCAAAAGAUACAAAAUUUGGGUCUCAUCCUUGGUCAUUGUGUACACAUGAAAGUUGGUUAUUGACUUUUAAUAAUGCAUAUCGAAGUGUAUCGCUUUCUUGAAAAAUUCUCCUACAAAUUGCCUCAUUCAAGCGUCUAUUCCUUUUGCAGAUUGCAAGCAUUUGUGUAAAAGUAAAGGUUCGAUAACACGCUUGGGCCAAUUAACCAACGAACACGACUGUAGAAGAAGCAACAUAACAAAUAACUGGAAUUGCAUUCCAACUACAACCACUAAAUUGUAAGUGUAUUUUCUACUCUACCUUAAUUAAUUGGCCUAUUGUUUUCUUAUCUUACAACUUUGAACUCCUAUUUAUGUUUUGUUAGACUAUCAAAUGCUCCAAAAUGACCCCAAAAGAAAUUAAAUAUUUUCUCACUACUACUAUUUUUAUUUUAACGAGAAAAGAACGUAGCUUUCUAGUAAUGAGCGCUUUUGAAACUGACGAUCAACCUGGGACUUUCAAAUGAGCGUGUAUACAAUGCGAAACUUGCCCUUUCAUUCACAAUGUAACUGAGAAAUUUUUACGCAUUCAACUUCUUAAACGUUAUCUAAAGCUGUGGCACGCUAUUGAAUAAGAUGCACAUGGGUCAAUCAGUGAGAUUACAGGGCGACAAAUGUCGAAUUCAUCAAAACCUGAUGCAUUGUAGCGCUUUCAACCUUCCGCGUUUUUCUGAUUGUUCAAGCCACCGUGAACACAUUCAAGGUUUUUUUUUACACCAAGGAAUCACAGAGCUUUGUAAAACCUUCGUCUUUUAAAUCGCGGGCGCUCAAAUUCUCCACAAAAUCAACAAUAAACGCUGUUCUAUCGACUAAUCUAUUAUUUUUUUUUUACACUUUGUCAUAUUCGCGGCCUCCAAUAUCGUUGCCUUUACACACCCAUAUGCAAACACAUUCUCGAAUCCCUUGAUUCGAUCAAACGAAGGGCUUGCGCCCAAAAUGUCUGCUUUUCAAUACUUUUAAGGUUCUCGAAUUGACUUAAGGCCAUGUGGAACACCUAUCCAUCAGGCAAAGUUUGCUUGUGCUUCAUCUUUCAAAACGCUUAUAUGUCGGCUCUCUUAGAGGCGCUUUAGAUAUGAUUUUGCAGUCGGAGACGUUAUGAAAUGAUGGAAGUUUAGGAGAAAUGUUUCUUUUUUUGGUAGAUCGCUAAAUCGCGCUUUACAGCGAUGCUUAAAGUCACAGUUGUCCAAACUAGGAAAUCGUGAUUUUAUGUCCAAGUUUGCCGGAAGAAUAGAAUACAGCACUGUGUGA